UGGUCCUUUCCUUCCUCUUUAUAUUUCUCUGAUCGCUUUCUCAAACUCUUCAUAUCUUAUGUCUAUCACUACUCCUACUACUCCUCUAUUCCUUAAUUUCUUGCCAACAUAAAACAUUUUCUAUAGCUAUAGCUUGGUUUUGGUAGUUGUUGAAUAUUUUAAACCCAUAGGGUUAUACCAAGGGCAAGAGCAUUUCUUGGUUUUUGCUCAUUUCCAAGAUGUCUAGCAGAAGGUCGUCGGGGCAGUCGACAGCAGGUGUUUCCAGGAUUUCAGAUGAACAGAUCAUUGAACUUGUCUCCAAGUUACGCCAACUUCUUCCUGAGAUUCGCGAUAGGCGAUCUGACAAGGUAUCUGCAUCCAAGGUUUUGCAAGAGACUUGCAAUUACAUUAGAAGCUUGCAUAGGGAAGUGGAUGAUCUAAGUGAGCGACUAUCCCAGCUCUUGGCCACUAUUGAUGCUGAUAGUGCAGAAGCUGCAAUAAUAAGGAGUUUAAUUAUGUAA